UCCAACACUGGCCACGUGCCAGUGCGUAAACAAGGAAGAGGAAGAAGAGCGGAGGGCAGAGAAAAAUCGAAGGAUGUGUCUGUGAGUUGGUGUCGGUGUUGGUGUGUGUGUGUGUCUGACAGCAAGUGCAGUUGGAAGCUAGCUGUAAAUUUUACCGCACGAUGGCACAACAAGCACAGAUUGCCCUGUAAAUUGGACACUAGAAAAGGACCUCAGUAGCGUGUGUUUUCCACUGCAGCAGCCGCUUAUCGCCGUGCUCCGUUUUUUGUGACCUCACUCCCCGCCCCGCACGCCCUCUUGCGAAAUGGAGGACUCCACUCCGAUCACUCCCGCUGCAGUUGCGUCACGUGGCCGCGGACGCGGUCGUCCGCCGAAAAUAGCAGCAUCUGCCGCCCUGGCCACGCCACCCAAUCCGCCAAGGGAUCCGUCGCCCAGUCCGCAGCUGGAGGAUCCGGAUAGCGGGCAGAGUGAGUGUCGGCGCAGUUCGCGCAAGAAGAUCAUCAAGUUCGAUGUCCGCGAUUUGCUCAACAAGAAUCGCAAGGCGCACAAGAUCCAGAUCGAGGCGCGCAUCGACUCGAAUCCCAAUCCCCACUCCUCUGGGGCAUCCACAUCUGCAUCCGCAUCGGCAUCCUCGGUGAGCCGCCUGUUCUCCAUGUUCGAUGGCAGCCACCAAUCGCUGCCGGCGCCACCGCCGCCGCCCGCUUUGGAAAUCUUCGCCAAGCCGAGGCCCACGCAGAGUUUGAUCGUGGCCCAGGUGACCAGCGAACCGGCCAAUCCCCUCCAGACUCCAGCCAACCAGCCGCCAGUGGUGGCCGCCCGCAAGCGAGGACGUCCCCGGAAAAGUCAGCCCCUCGCGGAGGUCCAACAGCAACAAACAGCAGCUGCUCCGGUGGCCAUUGUGCCCAUCUGCUCGGACUCGGACACCAAUUCCACCAGCACGAGCACUUCCACCGGCAGCAGCAGUGGCGACAGCGGCGAGGCAGCCGACUUUGCCAAACGGAAGCCCAAAUCCAAGCUGAGGGUUUCGCUAAAGCGCUUGAAUCUGUCCCGCCGGCAGGAGUCCUCCGAUUCGGCGAACUCGCCUUCAUCCUCGUCGCCCGAGGUGGAACCGCCGGCCCUGCAGGACGACAACGCACUGGACGAGCAGCCCGACAAGGAGCAGGAGGUGUCGCGAAUCAUCGUCGCCGAGGAUAACUCCGAUUCCGAUUCGCAGAUCAUCUUUAUCGAGAUCGAAUCGGAGAGUUCCAAGGCGGAGGAGCAGGAGCAGGAGCCACCAGCCGAGGGAGAGCCUCUGGUGCUCGACAUUGCGGUGGACAAGCAGGGUCCCGCUUCCGAUCCGGAACAAGAUCUCGAGGAGAUAAUGGUGGAGGUGCUAAGUGGGCCGAAUAGCCUCUGGUCGGCGGACGACGAGGCCGAGGAGGAGCGGGACGUGGAUGUGGAUGUGGCAGUGGAGAGGGCCAGUCCACCGGAAGCCGAGUCAUCCUCGCCAGCGCCACGCCGCAGCAGAAGAUCCGCGCAGCCACAGGGCAACGGUCGCCAGGGAAAGACGCUCGAGGAGACGUUCGCCGAGAUUGCCGCCGAGAGCAGCAAGCAGAUCCUGGCCGCCGAGGAGUCGCAGGACCAGGAGGAGCAGCACGUGCUCAUCGAUCUCAUAGAGGACAGCCAGAGUCAGCCGUCGGAGUCGUCCAUCAUCGCGAAUAUCGAGGUGGACGCUGUGGAAGCCGAGAUGAAGUCAAUGCAGGAGACUGAGGAAAUCAUCAUUGAGCGGGAGGCGUUUAAUGAAGCUCAGCCAGAGCCACCAGUGGUCGAGCCAGUUCCAUUGGAGGUGGAAGAAGUGGCUCCGGAGUCUGAAGAGAUGGCUCCUGUUGCGAAAGAAGUCAUCCCUGAGGCGAAGGAUGAAACUGAAGCUGUAUCGCAAGAAGAAUUAACCAUUGAAGUAGUUGCGAAGCCAGAAUUGGUUACCCAAGCAGUUCCACAAUCCGAAUUGGUCAUCGAAGUGGCUCCAGGCCAAGAACUGGUAGUCAACACUGUUCCUAAGCCAGAACUGCUUUCCAAAGAUGCCGAAAAUCCAGAAGAGACUACUGGAACCAAGACAGCGCCCACCGUGGAUGUUCAGCCCGCUGAGGAACCGGGUAAAAAUCCAAUUGAUGAAGCGAAGCCACCCAAAGAAAACAUCUUACCAGAGCAGGAACCAUCUGAACAACUCAAGGAGCAGGAAAUAGGUAAAGAAGCUCUGCUGGAGGUGGUCAAUAGAGAACUCCCCCAAGCUGUAAGCCCAUUGGAACUGAAACCAGAGGAAGCUGUUCCCGAGUCGGAGCGGAUUCGCCAAACCGAAGUGGACACCGCGGCGCCUGCGAUGCCAACUCCAGAAGCUGACACCCGAGAUGCGGAAAGCGGAGAAGCACAAACAAAAGUGGAGCAGCCCGAAGUGGAGGCGACGUUGGAGACUGAAUUCCCGACCGAAGUGACUGCAUUGAAGACUGAACCAGCCGGCGAGGAGAAGCCCGCCGUCGUUGCAGCGAAGACGAGCACCAGAAACGCUUCGGAGAUGCCGAAAUCCCUGCCAGAAACCAGAGAAAGGAGGCAGGAAAGGCGGAAAUCAACUGUGGCAGAGAAGAGGGAUGCCAAGGUCGAUCAGGAGCAGAAGAAGGAAGCCGUGCCAAAGAAGAGGCGCAGGAAGACCCAUGCAGACUUCCCCUUCAAGACGGAGAAGGAACCUGAGAAAAGCGAUUCUGAUGCGGUUAAGAAGGAGGGAGAACCCGAAACCCCUUCACCUGCCGAACUGGAGAAGUCCACGGCGGAGGUACCGCUCAAGAAGCCCAAGGACCCACGGAAAUCCCUCUCAGAAACCAGUUCUUUUAAGCAAAAGGAGGCAGCCAAAUCCUCAAAAGAAUCUGCUUCCGAAAAAGAAUUGGAAUCGAAGAAAUCCGCAAACGAAAUCACUUCCGCCAAACAAAAAGAGACUGCCAAAUCCUCGAAAGAAGCCACUUCCACUUCCAAGAGGGAAACCGAAAGGGAUAAAUCCCUAACAGAAGCUGCUCCAUCAGCAAAGGAGCAACUGGACAAAUCCUCGACUGAUUCCGCACACAAGAAGGAAAAGGAAACUGCCAAAGCCACGUCGGAAGGGGCUAACUCAGCGAAGAAGGAGCCACCAGAGAUCUCGAAAGGCCCACCGACCAAUGAAUCUGCACCAGAGGCCCCCAAGGAGGAGCAGGUGGCCAAGAAGCCGCAGGGAGAACAGCCCACAUCCACUGGCAAAUCCAAGGAGAAACUCGCUCCUGGCUUCGUGGAGUGCGACGCCAUGUUCAAGGCGAUGGACAAGGCCAAUGCCCAGAUGCGUCUCGAGGAGAAGAGCAAGAAGAAGCAGAAGAAGCCCCCGCCAAAGGUGGACUCGCCCGUUCCCGUUGCCUCCGGCCCUCCAGCUGCCGGAGGAAGUCACUCCAAAUCGCUGGGAAGCAAGGCUGCCAAGUCGCGACGCAACACCGUCUACGAGGAUUCACCCAAGCCCGAGCGGCACAGCUCGCCGAGCUCCGACUCCAUGCAGCUGCCCACGUCCGCCGGGAAACCGAAGCGAUCGAGAGCCAAGAAGAAGCUGAAUCCCAGGAGGAGCACCAUCUGCGAGGAGGCCAAGGAUCUCAGGAAGAGCAGCACGCCCACGGAGGAGCUGGUGGCGGCCAGCUCGCCGGUCUCCUCCUCCUCGGAGUGCUCCUCCAAGCGCACCAGCUCCAAGUGGGAUCUGCGGCGCAACACCAUCUGCGAGGAUCGCCAGGCGGACGCGAACACCACGAUUCCGCUGACCAAGCGCCGCUUCUCGAUGCAUCCCAAGGCGUCGGCCAAUCCGCUCCACGACACCCUGCUCCGGUUGCCGGGAAAGAAGCGCGGUCGGAAGGCCGCGAAGGGAGUGCUGAGUCGCCAGAACUCGCUGGACUCCAGUUCGAGUGCGUCGCAGGGGAACCCGAAGAAGAAGUCGCAGAAGGCGGCCGAAUCCCUGCACGCCGCCCUCCUGGAGACCGAGUCCUCCGAGUCCACCUCCUCGGGCAGCAAGAUGCGCCGCUGGGACCCCCUGUCCGACAUCGCCAAGUUCAUCGAGGACGGCGUGAAUCUCCUGAAGCGCGGCUACAAGGCGGACGACGAGCAGCGGGAGGAGGGGCAGGAGGAGGCAGCACGCGACGCGAAUCCCGAGAAGGAGGAGUUCGCGAAGCGAGUGGCCAACAUGGAGACGCCGGCCACAACGCCUUCGCCCUCGCCAACGCAGUCGAAUCCCGAGGAUUGUGGCUCCACCACGAAUCCCUCGCAGGAAAGCAGCACGGGAGGCGGAGGAGGAGAGGGAGGCGGAGUGCGGCGCUCGCAUCGCAUCAAGAAGAAGCCGCAGGGCCAGCGGUCCAGCCAGGGAAGAGGCGUGGCCAGCAUGGCCCUGGCCCCAAUCAGCAUGGACGAGCAGCUGGCGGAGCUGGCCAACAUUGAGGCGAUCAACGAGCAGUUCCUCCGCAACGAGGGCCUCAACACCUUCCAGCCGCUGCGAGAGAACUACUACCGAUGCGCCAGGCAGGUGAGCCAGGAGAACGCGGAGAUGCAGUGCGACUGCUUCCUCACCGGCGACGAGGAGGCGCAGGGCCACCUCAGCUGCGGCGCCGGCUGCAUCAACCGCAUGCUGAUGAUCGAGUGCGGACCGCUCUGCACCAACGGGCAGCGCUGCACGAACAAGCGCUUCCAGCAGCACAAGUGCUGGCCCUGCCGCGUCUUCCGCACCGAGAAGAAGGGCUGCGGCAUCACCGCGGAGCUGCAGAUCCCGCCGGGGGAGUUCAUCAUGGAGUACGUGGGCGAGGUGAUCGACAGCGAGGAGUUCGAGCGGCGGCAGCACCUCUACUCGAAGGACCGCAACCGCCACUACUACUUCAUGGCGCUGCGCGGCGAGGCGAUCAUCGACGCCACCUCCAAGGGGAACAUCUCGCGGUACAUCAACCACAGCUGCGACCCCAACGCGGAGACCCAGAAGUGGACGGUCAACGGGGAGCUGCGCAUCGGCUUCUUCAGCGUAAAGCCCAUCCAGGCGGGCGAGGAGAUCACCUUCGACUACCAGUACCAGCGGUACGGGCGCGACGCCCAGCGCUGCUACUGCGAGGCGGCCAACUGCCGGGGCUGGAUUGGCGGCGAGCCGGACUCCGACGAGGGCGAGCAGCUCGACGUGGACAGCUACAGCGAGGUGGAGGCGGAGCUGGAGGAGGAGGACCUCGGACCGGAGGCGGAGGAGGAGCGCAAGACGACGGCCAAGACCAAGGUGAGGUCCAAGCUGAAGACCAAGCUGCCGCUGUCGAGCAAUCGGAAGCGGAAGGAGCAGCCCAAGCCGAAGGAUCGCGAGUACAAGGCGGGUCGCUGGCUGAAGCCCACUGGUGGCAGUGGUUCCGCUGGCUCAGCGGAGAAGUCCGCCCGCAAGCCGAAGGUCAACAAGUUCCACGCCAUGCUCGAGGAUCCCGAUGUGCUGGAGGAGCUCUCUCUGCUCAGCCGCAGCGGGCUGAAGAACCAGCUGGACACCCUGCGCUUCUCGCGCUGCAUGGUGCGGGCCAAGCUGCUCCCGACCAGACUCCAGCUGCUGGGCGUGCUCACACGCGGCGAGCUUCCCUGCCGGCGACUCUUCCUCGACUACCAUGGCCUGCGGCUGCUCCACGCCUGGAUGAGCGAGAACGGCGACGACAGCCAGCUCCGGUUGGCGCUGCUGGACACCCUGGAAUCGCUGCCCAUUCCGAACCGCACGAUGCUGAACGACAGCCGCGUCUACCAGAGCGUCCAGCUGUGGAGUGGCAGUCUGGAGCAGCCAGCAGGCGAUGCAGGAGAGGCUCAGGCUCAGGUGCAGGAUGCAGCGCUCCACAAGCGAAUGGCGGCCUUGUUGCAGAAGUGGCAGGCACUGCCCGAGAUCUUCCGCAUCCCGAAGCGCGAGCGCAUCGAGCAGAUGAAGGAGCACGAGCGGGAGGCGGACCGCCAGCAGAAGCACGUCCACGCGAGCACCGCUCUGGAGGAUCAGCGCGAGAGGGAGAGCUCCUCGGGCGGGGACCGCUUCAGGCAGGACCGCUUCCGGCGGGACACGAACGGCGGGCGCACCGGGAAGCCCAUCCGCAUGAGCGGCAACAACACCAUCUGCACGAUCACCAGCCAGCCGAAGGGCGGAGGCGGCAGCAUGGACGGCCUGGCCAGGAGCGACGGGCGGCGCAGGUCCGACCUCGGAUCCAUGGGGGAUCCGCAGCGCACCAUCUCCAAGGAGCUCCGGCGCAGUCUCUUCGAGCGGAAGGUGGCGCUGGACGAGGCGGAGAAGCGCGUGUGCAGCGAGGACUGGCGGGAGCACGAGCUGCGCUGCGAGUUCUUCGGCGUGGACCUGAACACCGACCCCAAGCAGCUGCCCUUCUACCAGAACGCGGACACCGGCGAGUGGUUCAACAGCGAGGACAAGCCGGUGCCGGCACCCCAGCGCACCGAGCUGCUCGCCCAGGCGCUCCUCUCCCCCGAGGCGGAGGGCGGUGGCCAGGGAGCCGCCGUGGAGUACAAGCUGCCCGCCGGGGUGGACCCACUGCCUCCGGCGUGGCACUGGCGGAUGACCAGCGACGGGGACAUCUACUACUACAAUCUGCGCGAGCGCAUCUCGCAGUGGGAGCCGCCGAGUCCGGAGCAGCGACUGCAGACGCUGCUCGAGGAGGAUCCCACGCAACAGCCGCUCCACGAGCUGCAGCUCGAUCCCGCGCUCCUCGCCACCGAGCUCAUCCAGGUGGACAUGGACUAUGUUGGUGGGUUGAGCUCCAAGUCGCUGGCCCAGUACGUUGAGGGGAAGGUGCGGGAGCGGAGGGAGCUCCGGCGCAGUCGCCUGGUCUCCAUUCGGGUGAUCAGUCCGCGGCGGGACGAGGACCGCCUGUACAACCAGCUGGAGUCGCGCAAGUACAAGGAGAACAAGGAGAAGAUCAGGCGGCGCAAGGAGCUCUACCGUCGGCGGAAGAUUGACGUGGCCACCGCCGUUCCCGAUUCCUCUGACAAUCCGGAGGACGGUGCGCCCAGCAACUCGCUGCCCAUCCAGGCCUACUUGUACUCCUCCGACGAGGAGCCAGCGGAAGCGCCAGCGGCGGAGGGAUCCGAGGGUGGAGUGGCUCCACCGGCCGACGAGCUGGAGUCCCUCAGCCUGGCGCCCAGCACCAGUCACGCCGCCUUGGCCGCUCUUGGCAAGGCGUCCGCCGGUCAGGCGACUCCAGCGGGUGGAAAGCGAAAGCUACCGAUGCCGCCCCAAGUGCCGAAUGCCAAGAAACACCGCCAGGAGCAGCGCAACAAGAAGAGCAAGGGCACCUCCCAAAGUCUGCUGACCACGACGAGUGGACGCGAGGCGCACGAGAAGUUCCGCUUCGAGAUCAGCGGCCAUGUGGCCGACUUCCUGCGUCCCUAUCGCAAGGAGAGCUGCCAGCUGGGGAGGAUCACCAGCGACGAGGACUACAAGUUCCUGAUCAAGAGGCUGAGUCACCACAUCACCACCAAGGAGGUGCGCUACUGCGACGUGACCGGUCAUCCACUCUCGUGCACGGAGUCCGUGAAGCACAAGUCCUAUGACUUCAUCAACCAGUACAUGCGGAAGAAGGGACGCGUCUACCGGAAGCCGGCGGAGAGCACCAUCUUCUAGAGCUUCGCCUCCGCGUGUUGAGCCCAGAACUUCUCCCACAUCUCCGCCAGAAUCCGAACCCCAACCGAAUCCCACACGGAGCUAAAACUACACUUGAAUUGUACACAUUAGUUAAGGAAUUCCCGAUUUAUACACUUAAAUUGUACACAUUAGCUAAGGAUUUCCCGAUUUAUCCACCUAUGUAACGUGGAGCAUACCCCUCGAAGUGGGUAGCAUUGUAAUGGCAUAUGUAUGUACACCUAGAGCAUUGUGGCUCUUCGAAGGACUUCGAGGAUGCCAGGCGGAAAUGUAUUUCCCAGAGUAGGAAACAAUUUGAAAAACUGGAAUGCUUACUUUGCGAUUUGUCAAAUUUAUAGAAUUUUUCAGUAAUUAUAAACCUAAUAUUUUUUUUUUUUUUGUUUGCUGUUUACAAGCCUUUGUUCCAGUUGAUAUAAAUCGGUUAAUCGCAAAACAAAAAUAAAUGCCUGGCUAAAAAAUAAAGAAUAAUAAUAAUAAUAAUUUGGAAAGGAUUUGAUUUUAUUUAUAAUUAAUUCAUAAUGUAAGACUGUAAAUACUAAGUUGAUUUGGGUAACUGAAUAAAUUAGGAAAUUAUGAAAAAGUCACGAUAACAAAUUGUUACUCGCUAAGCAAAUAAAUUAAUCAGUAAAUAAUUUAAAUAAA